CUCGGCGAUGAUGUAGCCAGCCGACCAGCCUAUCAGCUCGAACCAUUCAAGACAUUCAGUCUUCAGCCUUUAGCCGUAAAGGCGAGAGUGUGCAAAAUGUUCUCCCGGGUGGCGAUUUGUUGUGUAGUGUUGUGUACAUUCGCCGUAUUAGCCGAUGAAGGCGAUUACAUCUCCAUCCUCACAACCUGGACAUCUGCUGGAAGCGAUAAUGUGAGCAUCAUACUGGCAAACAUGGACACCACUGCCAGCACUUUCGAGAUAGAAAAUAUCGGGCUGGAGGAGGGUGAUGUGAUCGUGACCACCACCGUUAAUCCCAGGCACGUUCAGCUCUACCUCAUUCCACCCGAAUGGAGUUACGCCGCUAGUGAUCGUGAAGCGAUUCAGCUAGAUAUCGUUACCUCCUCGAAAACUCCCGACGAAGCACGUCUGACGGGACAAAUUAAACUAGCCCAGCAGCCUAAAGUGUUAAUACAACUCAGUGACACCUUACAUACCCCGGGAGACUUUCUAAAGUUUCGCAUCAUACUAACGGACGAAGUGAACAAGCCUUUCCCCAGGAGUGAGCAUCCGUUCGACCUGACGAUCGCGCUGCACCACGAAUCACAGCACACGGUGGCAUCCUGGGACAGUCGGCUCGCUCCGGGCGAUAUCUACAGUGGGCAGCAUCUGUUUGCCGAUGAUCGAGAUAUUGGCGAUUGGAACUUAACGGUGACGAUCGGAGAGCAGACCACAUCGAAGCGGUUUCAAGUGAUGCUACAUUCAGCUCCGAUUCACAAAAUAGCGAUCAAAACUGACGAACUAAUCACACGCCAAGAUACGCAUAUUGCGAUUGCCGUUGAAGCUAGCUACACGUUCGGGAAGCCUCUCCGUGGAACACUAACCCUGACCGUAUCGGGAGAUGAUGAUCAGCGGGUGGAGCGAUCGUCCCCCAUUGCUGGUAACAAGAUCGUAAUGAUUCCGAUGGAUGAAAUAAUGUCCAGCCGGGACACAUCUGCCGAGAGGAUUAUUCACAUUAACGCUUCAGUGUCCUCGACGAAUGGAUUAACUCAGCGUGUUUACAGUCAAGCCAGAUCGAUUCCAGUUUACCCAUCAUCGUACAAGUUGGAGGUGCUGAGGAUGGUUGACUUUACACCCGGACAGAAUGCAACCCUGUUCAUCAGAGUGACUAAAGCAAAUGGGAAACCACUAAAAGAAUUGAGCAACAGCAAAAGGAGCGUAUCGGUUAGUGUGAAGUUCCACAACGAGGAUUCAAUCAUUAGCCGUAACUUCGUACAAUCGUUGGAUAGGGAUGGUACGGCGAUCCUGUCACUCGCUACCGAUAGCAUUACGGAGCUUCUAACAGUGGAGAUGCGAUACGAGGAUGUGUCCGCUUCCAUAACGCUCGAGCCAGCCUAUAGUCCCCAGAUUCAUGUGCUGGUUGUGAGUUCUAGCCAGUACGAACAGAAGGAAGGGUUCACGCUCACGCUCGUAUCGUCCCAUCCGAUGGACGGAGUGCUGGCGGUGAUCCGUAAGCACAAUGGUGAAAACAUUCCAAUCUUGAUUUACUGCGAGCUGCAAAACUAUCACGAGCAUUUCGUACCGUUGGUGCGACCCGGUGAUGUGAAGCGGGUCUACGUUUUUGGGAGAUUCGAAGGAACGUUAGUGCAAGCGUCGACGCCUUACCAGGAACCUGCUCCGUCUAGUCGGGUGAAUCUCUAUAUGAAUGGUACGGAUAUAAGGGUAUUCGCGAAAGGAGAUUCAUCUCGCGUCGGUAUGGCAGUUUACGAGGGCUUGCUAGUUGAAGACCAGUUGGAGAGCAUCUAUGCGCGGUCCAUGUUCAACGGAUCGGUCUAUCCAGAGUCUGAAGACGUUUUCCCGCUGUCCAUCAACGACUUGAUAGUGAUGGCGCCGCUCCAACUGCUUGAGGCAGGCAGCCAACAAGACACCAUCGGAACAACGCCAUUAAAUCGUUUACUUCAUUGGGAGGAAGGCACUACAAGCAAUCAAAAGGCAUCGUUUCAAUUCCAACCUCCACCACACAUCAACCAGCUGACGGUAAGUGCAUUCGUGUUUAGCCCUACCCGAGGACUCGGUAUCGCCGAACCGAUCCACUGGCAACGUCAGCAGGACCUGGAGAUCUACCUGCACAUCCCAUACUCGGCGAAAAAGUUGGAACCAGUCACGGUCGACGUUUAUAUCGUAAACAAUCGCCUCGAAACGGUGCAGUUUCUGCUGGUGGAGCUGUUGAACCGAGCCAACGAGUUCCAGUUCCUCAACAACUCCGGACGUACUGAUGCUACUCACAAAAUCUUGUACGGUCGACUGAUGCCGAACGAGGUACAGCGUGCAGAGUUCCUGAUACGUCCCAGGAAGCUAGGCUCGAUUACGCUUAAAGCAAACGCUUACACCGAAGGCAACGUAAUCGCUAGGGCGGAAACGAUCCUUCGCACCAUACCGGAGAGUGUACAACAAAUGGGUAGUAUCGUGCGUUUGUUCAGCGUCGACAAUUCGACUGAAAGUUUGGACGAAGUUAAGAUCCCGAUUCCGCGCACGGUUGAUUGCGGAUCGGAGAAGAUCACCCUGUCGCUGCAUCGCGAACAGCUUCAGAUUGCUUCACUGCCGGUAAGCUUACUGCUCGACAAGCUGGUCCCAGCAGAUCCCUGUACGGAGAGCAUGAAGGCAUCCCUGACGCUGGACGUACUGGAGCUAGCUAAGCUGGAGUGGACCGAGCGGAAGACUCUCGCUGAAAGCAUGGCCAACGAAUCGACCACUAAGAUAUUGGAGUAUAGCAACACGAAUGGCUACUUUACCAUUCCCGAUCAGCAUACGCCCUCGUCCAAGUGUUGGGACACGGUCAUUGCAGUACAAGCGCUAAUCGCCUCCAACAGACAUCUCCACCGUACAGAUGUCGAGGGUGCCAUUGCAGCUGCUCUUGAUUGGUUAAAGACACAGCAGGCAAGCGAUGGCCGCUUCUGUACCGAGGAAGAUGAGCAAGAUGGGGUGAAAGCAGUCGAAAAGACUGCCCACGUGUUGCUGGCGUUUCUCGAAGCGAGGAAACACAUCUGGCGCUUCGUUUCCGUUAUCGAUAAAGCAAGAAACUAUUUGCUUUCUGGCACGGUGAACCUUCGUGAACCUCACCAUCUUGCGCUGGUUGGACACGUGUUGCAAUUUUCUUUAGCACGCCCAACUGGGAAGGAAAAUCGUGCCCUGAUCGACGAACAAGUAUCGCACAUUCUGAGUGAACUGUUGGACCGCAAAGUGCAAAGUGCUUCCGGGCUGAAGAUGUGGUGGAAUGGUGGAACUGCUUCGGAUCUGGAAGCAACCGCAUACGCGUUGCUGCUCAUGACCUCCAGGAAGUACCUGUUUAACGCAGCACCGAUAGUGAACUGGAUCAAAGGACAACCGUACCGUCGUGCGACACCGGCCAUUACGCCCAACUCUCAUAUCGCGCUCCGUGCACUGAUAGAAUAUGCGAAGCACACCACGUUUCUGGAGAAGCGGUACAAUGCGACGAUCAUUGCAGGUGGCAAGUCUGGUGUGCUAGCUCGUCAGGAACUGCGCCACGAUAGCGGCAACCACGUGUUGACGCUACCGCCUGCAACCCGAUCGGUAAGCUUCACGAUCAGUGGCACCAUUUCGGGUGCGAUGGAAAUUAACUACAGCUACAUGGAGAGUGUAACGCUGCGAACGGCAAAGUUCGACAUCGAGCUGCAUCGGUACGACACCUCCAACGAGGACUAUACCGAUUGGCGCGUUUGCAUUCGCUUCCUGCCGAAAGGGUUCUACGAGAAGACGCGUAUGGUCACGUGCGAAAUUUCGUUCCCAACCGGGUACAUCGCACUGGACGACAGUGUGGAUGAGUUGAGUCAACGCGAUGAUGUGGUGACUACCGUGCUGAGAAACGAUGAAACACAACUGUCGAUUACGUUCGAAGAGAUUGGCGUACAGCAGAGAUGCUUCAAUGUGACCGGCUUUCGGCGGAACGUGGAAACUCGGCAGCUGCCGGGAACUAUUAAGGUGUUUGAUGUUACUGAUGCGUCCAAUGUUGCAUUCAAGCAGAUGGGUACUCAAGCCUGACAAGGAACAUAGGACUUAUAUUUGAUAGUUGUAAUGAAACAACAGAAUAAAAACAACAAAAAAUGGGGGAAAGAAAUAUUUUCCAUAUUUAAAUCGUUAGUUAUAACAGUAAAGUAUAACAGUAAAUUCGAUUAGAACCGGAGCCUCAAGAGGUCUUAACUUGCCAUUGCCUUGCCAUUUCUUGAUUUAGCUAGAUACUUAGUCUUGCGAACGGGAGGACGGCCGAUUACUUAUUUGAAAUUAUAACUAACAAAUUUGAAUAAGUAGUGAAGUCUACUCGCAGGUUGAAGAACUCAUUUUUCGUCAUUUUCGCCAAAUUGGAGGGAUUUACAUUGUUUAUCGCUAAGAAUUAGUCAAACUCAAACUAACGUGCGCGGAAUCGGGAUCUCGUUCAAAUUAUACAACUUGAGGGAAGCUUUGUAGAAGUGAUAUGUAAUAAACCACCAAAAGAAUAGCAGAAAACAUUUUUCA